AUGCGUUCCAUCAACAUCAAGUCCUUGUCGUCUUCAUCAACAGCCUCUCCUUCUACCUCGUUGGCUACAAAACAACACAAUCCGUUGCGACAUCGCGCUUCAAAGUUAUUCAAUGAGCUUAUUCUGUUAAAUUCAGGAAGGGUACCUAGACAUAAAACAUCACGCAAAGGUUUCGUUAACCCAAGAGCACUCGACCACUGCAGACUCCCACCCGAAUUAUGGAUCCAAAUCAUCCGCGAAGCAACCUUCAUGACCCCCGACCCGCUCAGUACAGCCGAAGACCUCUCCUUUCUCGAAUCGUCUUCCCUCCAGCUCUCGUCAUACUACGCCGCCAUGCGCUUCAAGACGAACGUCUCACUGGUAUCGAAGCGCUGGAACGCCUUCGUCAAGGUCUUCCUCUUCGAGUUCGUAUGGAUCUCCCGCGCCCAGCAGGCCAAGGCGCUCGCGCACACACUCCUCAUGGAGUUCGUUGAGGGACGGUCCGCGGCUUCGGGGAGGUUCAUAAGGCGGUUACACAUCGAUACACCCGUACUCGAGCGCUGCUCGCCACAGGACCUCCACACCAUCCUAGAAUAUUCGCCACAACUCACGAUCUACACCGACAACCAGUCUAUCCAGCGAAAUCGAUGUGACGCCCUUCCCGACCCGCGGUGUUCACCGGAAAAGCUCCUUUCACUCCUUACUCAUCCUAACUCCGAGCUGCGCCGUCUUUCGUGGACGUCUUACGACGAUGUUCCCUUCCAUCUCCGCAUGUCGCCGCUGCAGAGUAUGCCCACCAUGCGACUCGAAUAUCUCGAACUCUCAUCAUGCUCCCCCAAUUUCCACGCACUCUUCUCCGAUUCGCUGGAGUCAACAUCGCCGUCUGCAGCCAUGAGCGUCCAUCUUCCCGCGCUCCGAAGCCUCAAAGUCAGCCUCGAUAACGGGAUGUUCGCCGUCCUCGCCUCAUGGUCCAUGCCACACUUACGCAACCUCUCCGUCGUCUCCGCCGACUUCAGCUACACCGGCGCAGGCUUUUAUCGGUUCUUUGCCGCCCAUGGGAAAUUCCUCCGCCAACUCGAAUUAGGCCAUUCUUCCUCGCUCAUCGAGGAGCACUACCUCACCGCGCCACACUACCCCCGCCAUACCACGGAGAACAGGUCGCUCUCGUUGGCGAGGUGGUGUCCCAAUCUGCGCGAGUUGAUCUGUUCGGCGGACGCGGAGUGGCACUGGGAGAGUCCGGACUGGAUCGCACCGCAUGUGUUGCUGCCUUCUCAUCCACGACUCGAGAUGAUCGCCAUCCGUGAUAUCGACGCACGUAUCAUCUCAGCGCUUGACAUGACAUCCAACGCGCCCUCAACGGACGAUACCGCCUUUUUUCCCCUCCUGCAGCAAAUGUCCUCGAUCCUCGGUCCCGAAGCAUUCCCUAGCCUCAAGUACCUGAGGGAUCUGAGCGUGGAGAGCAAUUCGAUGAGGAGGCAGAGACCGGAGAGGGCGGUGGUGCAAUUCUGGGCGAAGGUGCUGGGACGAUGUAGGAAGAGGGGUGUCUGGUUAGAGGAUGUGGAAGGAUUUAACGUGACGAUGGGGACUUUGAAGAGGGCUAGGAAGGUUUUGGAUGUGAGGGAGGCGGUGGAGGAGGCGAGGUCGAGGGGAUGA